GUUGUACAAGCUCUAUGUUCCCAAUCCUUCUCACUUGGUCACUUGUAUUUUCUGAAAAAAAAACCACAGUUAAAAUCUAUUUUUUGAACACACCCGGUCACUUUUUGCCCAAAACCGAAAGUAUAGUUUGUGCAGUGAAUAGCCACUUUCAUUUUGAUGAUUUCCUUUAUCAGUGCAACAACUUAGUGUUAGCUUUUUCAGUUUGGAUCAGUGGAUUUGAUCUAAACUGGUAUGUUUAGAAAAAUCAUGUAAUCUAUGUAAAGAAAGCCACAAUUUUGACUUGUCUCUCGUAAACCGGCCGGGUGACUUGUUUCCCAAAUCCAAAGGUAGUUUGUGCAGUGAAGAGCCACUCUCUUAUCUAUGUGAUGUUCAUGAUUAUCUUGAUCAGUGCCACAAAGUAGGGUCAGCUUUCAGUUUGAAUUAGUGGAUUCGAUCUAAACAGGUGAAUGUGUGUUUAUGCCUGGUGAAGUUCAUGUGAAAUUCAUGGAUUAUGUGAUACCGAAACUUGCAAUUAAAAAUAGUGAGAAGAUUAAGAGUGUGGAAGACAUCAAGACAGUGCCAAGGUCAACGUUCUUCAGCAAAGAUAAGAGAAAUCGCACCGUCUCUUGGCAACGUGUCUUCUGAAUCAAGAUUUGCAGAUCUAGAAUUUGAGCGCAUCGAGCCGCGAAGGCGUAUUUACAUCUCUCGAUAUCUGCGCUGUGUGUUCACUGAUUUAAAUAGACUUGCAGGAUGGAGACCUGCCGUUUCAAAGGUGACGUUAAGUCGAAUAUUUCGCAACAGAUUCAGAAGAGGCUUUGGUGAUAAACAAAAGCCGGUUUUUCCAGGAGCCGGCUUUUUGUUGAUGUCAGUUGUUGUCCUUUCUUUUCAGCUGGUUUCCAAGUGUUCAUCUACUUUCUAAUCUAGUGCAAAAGUUGAGUGCUAUUUCGUUUCGAUGGAUGUUUGUGACUCUGGUGCAGAUAAAAGUGCUUUAUCUGUUCCUGGGUAUGAUUGGCCGCACCAGAAUAGUCGCAAGGCUAAUUUUAAUGUAGCAAACAACCCACGCUGUUAAGAACGAUAAGGUCGCUGGUUCUCCAAAAUGGAAACUGUAAAUGCAGCCGAGCUCGAAAACGUGGCUACUUCUGCUCCUGAAGUUACCGGUUUUUGGUAGAGUGUGCGAAUGUAACUUUCCUAUCUGUGCGUGAAGUUGUGACUGAUUUGACGAUUAAUCAUGUGGCCGCAUGAACAGCGACAACAUUUCUCUUUGGACAACUCCCAACAUUGUGGAUUAUUUAAUAAUGAAAGUUCGGGUCACCAACGUCGUGUCACCGCCAUGGACAUCGUACCUGGGCCAAGCAAUCCGCGAGCCUCGAGGAAUUUGGCAGAGAAGCAACGUCGAGAUAACCUGAAUUCAAAUAUUUCGACGAUGGCAUCUCUGUUGCCAAUGGUCGCAGGAAAUUCCCGAAAAACGGAUAAAAUCUCCAUCCUGAGAUUAGCAGGCGCUUAUCUCAGGCACACAUACACUCUUGGUACAGGGAAAGCUGGAUUUCUUCCUUCAAAAUUCAACGGCUUGAACCUGGAACAAUUUAUUAUUGACAACAUGUGCGAGAACGGUGGCUUUUUUCUCGUAGUUACUACCACAGGGAAGAUUGUUUAUAUUGGUCAACACGUAGAACAACUACUCGGUCAUGCUCAGACACAGCUACUUGGAGAGUCCCUUUUCCAUUACGUAUGUCCGGAGGAUCACGAAGAGCUUACAAAAAAUCUUACUCGCAACGAAGCUGAGCCCUCGACUUCUUUUAUGACCGACCUGGUAGAUGAAAAUUCUAGUUCCUCGGAAGAUGUACCGUUUAAAGAAGAGCAAAGGAGAAGUUUUACUAUCCGUCUGGCACAAAGAACCGUGUCCAGACGCGAGCAUGCACAAUAUGAAUGUUUUCACAUUUCCGGUAACCUCUGCAUCGCCAAGGCUUGCAAGAAAGCUGGUUCGAAUGUAAACAGAUUAAAGCAGCGAGAAACCACCGGGACGGGUAACGACGUUAUUUUCGUGGGCAUCGCACGACUCUUGAAAAAGAGAACAAUCACAGACCUUUCGCUACUCGAGGCAGAUAAGGAUGAAUACGUUACUCGACAUUUAGUCGAUGGUCGUAUAAUUUUCUGCGAUCACAGAAUUUCCAUCGUUGCUGGUUACAUGGCUGAAGAAGUCUCGGGUAAAAGUGCCUUCGCAUUCAUGCAUAAGGACGACUUUAGAUGGACCAUGAUUGGACUUCGACAAAUGUAUAAUAAAGGAGAAGGCUUCGGACAGUCGUGCUACAGACUUGUUGCGAGAAAUGGAGAGUUCAUUUAUCUGAGGACCCAUGGUUAUUUGGAAUUUGAUAAAACCACCCAAACCGUCGAGUCUUUCGUCUGCGUUAAUACCUUAAUGACGCAAGAGGAAGGGGAAGAACUAAUCAAAGAAAUGAAGCAAAGAUUUUCGGCCACGAUAAACAACUUGAAAGAUGGAACCGAUUUCUCAUUAACUUUCGAAGAUCUAGGCUCAGAUGAUGCAGUUCAAUCGAACGAUGUAGCAUGUGUUGAAGAUCCAUCUCGACUUGAAGAUGCAAUAACCGAUCUGAUUAGUGAUCUGCCCUCGACUUCAAUAACGGAGGAUCAACUAGCUCCAUCUCCAAUUCCCGAUCCUCAGUUUUAUAAAGCAGCGAUAUACUCAAAACGAUUGCCGCCGGCUUCCGAGCAACUCAGCAGAAUGUGCAUCAAAGGUGUCGAGCCCGUGGUCAGAGGUAAAGGCAAAGGCAAGGGAUCCAGGAGUCCGAAAUCGAGCACGCCUAUCAAGAAACCCGUCUACCCGGACAAAAAAAUUCCCGAACUAGAUGAUAUUCCGAGUCCUGGUUCGCAAAAUCAACCAACAACCCCCGUGGCUGAGAAGCUAAUGCCGAUAGCAGAGAAGAAAAUUCCUGAGCACUCGUGUCAAUCAUCUCCAAGCAUUCCGGAAACCGAGAACGUGAGUUCGACUUCCUAUGUUCGAAGUUCCGGCCUCCAGGAAUUUAAACCUUUUGAGGUGAAAUUGGAGCGUGUUGGUGAAGGUCUUGAGGCGCAAGAAUUUUUGCUCAAUGCCGCACAGUGCCCGAGUAUCUCUGAGAAUCUAGGAAUCAAUUUCAAGAGGAGAUUCAGUGAGGAGCUGAAUCCAAGUUUGGUCGAUGACGAGGAAAAAUCGGCGAAUGCUAAUCCGUGCACUUCAAUUGAAGCCUCGAGCAAUGAAUUAUGCCCAGGAACCUCAAGCAACCUUCAGCUGAAUUUAAAGAGAAAAUUCAGCGAAAACGCGGAUCCAGAUGUGAAUUCGUCUAAAAGGCUGCUCAAAGAAGCUUAUCCCCUUGAUCAUCCGGUGAUCAGCACAGACCCGGGAAACUUCAACAGCUGUGUCGAUGUUCAGCAGUGUAACUAUCUUUACAAAAAUUUGGCCGAGGUCGAGGUGACGGAAGUCAGUUUGCCGGACAGGAGCAGUGAAUAUCCAACACUGGAUCCUGCCUCGUUUGUACUUCCCGUUUCAGGGGAACUUAUAGAUCUUCGAGACCUUCAAGAUCUGCCGGAAUCUAAUUUGGAAAGGAAUCCAGAUUGGGUGAGGAUAAUUGACAAACUUCGACCUGUUGUGGACUUCGAAAAUUCUUUCGACGAAAGGAGGACGGAUCAAUUAAUGGUCAGUGAAGAAAUGCUUAAUGAGCAUAUCACGAGGUCUCAGUUGGAACUUGUACACAAGAUGGACAUACGGGAACCGCAGUUCGAUGAACUAGAACGUGAUCUGGCCAUCACAGCUCUUCAUCCUCAAAGAGAAAUGUUAAAUCAAUUGCAGGCGGACCAUAAGGUACAAAAGCAGUUGUUGAAGACGCUGCAGAAGGAGCACCAGAACAUCCAGUCAAUUAGAUGGUAAAGUUACAAAACUGGCGUACGAAAUUCGCCGAAAAUUAGGUUCUUCAGGUCCUCAGUUGGCCAUGAAAAGACUGUCAGAAUCGUGGCGAAAAAAUAAAGUGUUUGGAAACCAGCGAAACAAAUCCUCAGUGAAAAAUGACUUUCUCCUAGAGAAAGUCGCAAUCGCACCGCGAACUGCGGAAAGUAGCAGACGCUGUAAAAA